AUGCCUGGGUUUGGCAGGGAGCUGCCCGAGGACGUGGCAGGGCAGAAACGACUUUGUCUGUGUGCUGGGGACGGGUCUUCUCCAGGGCUGACAGUUCCAAGAACGGACGUGAACUUCAGCUUGAAAACCGUCAAACUGUUCCUAUUUAUCCUUGUCACACCCAGCCCGUGUUUCUCCACCUUCCCUGUGCAAUACUCUUACAAUUUUGAAGAGGUCCAAAUUGCCAUUCCAAUAAUGAAACCAACCUUAGAUAAAGUCCAACUGGCUGGACAGGCCUUGCCUCCUGGAUUUCCGGCGCCAUUUCUUUUUGCUGAUGGUCUUUCAUCAGUAGAAACACUAUUAACCAACAUUCAGGGCCUGCUGAAAGUGGCUGUGGACAAUGCGAGAGUCCAGGAAAAGCAGAUACAGCAGGAAAAGAAAGAGUUAAAGAUGGAGCUCUGUAGAGAGAGAGAACUACGAGAGAGCUUGGAAAGGCAACUCACAGCCGAGCUGCAAAGCAGAGCAACAAUUCAGAAACGCUUGAAGAAGGAAAAAAAGGCAAAGAGAAAAUUGCAGGAAGCUUUGGAAUUUGAAUCAAAGAGAAGAGAACAAGUGGAACAGGCGCUUAAACAGGCGACAUCAGGUGACGGUCUCAGGAUGUUAAAUGAUGCUGGAAUCCCGGAUAUGGAAAUAGAACACAACGGAACCCAACAUGACAGUGCAGCAAUGCAAGAAAACAGAACAUACAUCAAGCCUACUAUUAUGUACUGAAGGAAACACCCAUUGUUGAAAAAUGUAUAAUGACCACUAUUUGAAGACUAUAUAAUUCAUGACAAAUGUCCCUUUCAACCUUUGAUGCCUUCAGUACUGUGUGAAGAACAGGAUUUGUAGCAUGAAACGAAGGACAAUUUCAAGCAAUUUACUGUUGCUGCAUCGAAAACUGCCGUAUUAAGACAUAUUGAGACUUUUUACAAGCUUACCAUACCAAACCAAGCCCGUUGCAACCGAUCAUUUUUAGGUCCCUGGAGAUAGAAAGGAGUUUUAGUAUUUUUAAGCACAUACAGGAAUUAUUCCCCCUUCCCCCCCCGAAAAAAAGAACUUUUUUUUCUUUUUUUUUUCUUUUUUUUCUAAGGAGGUAGCUAUUACUGGAUAGCAAUGGCACAAUGAUUUUAAGCCACAAAGGUCCUCACUGGCUGUACAUCAUACAAGUCCAGUUUAUCACUGAAACUGUUCAACAUGGAGCUGUUUCGAUUGUGUUUAUAACUUAAGCUUUGUUUACUGAAGCAGAUACUCGAUAUAUAUUACGUUUUAAAAAGAAAUGUGUGUACAUUUUUUAAAAGAAUGAUGUAAAAAUUGUCCUUUCAUUAGAUGACCAAUUCAAAAGUGUGAGCUAAACCCUAAUAGCUGACGUAAUACGAGGAUUAUAAUUGAUGCUUUUUUUUAUGCUCAGUUCAGCUUGGCUUUUGGUCUUUUAAGAUGAAAAAAAAUGAAUAUGCAGUAGAGUGUUAGAUAAUGGAAACUUUUAAGUAUGGUUUCUCUGUUGUACCAUAUUAAGUUAAAGUACACAUUCUUUGUUAAAAAUGUUCUUGCUAAAAAUACAGUAUUAAAAAUUUUUUUGUUUGA